GUUCGCUCGGCCCUUCGGGUGGAUGGUGGCCUGGAGGAGCCACUCGCUGUGUUUUAUUUCCCCCCUUGAAGCCGCGGUCGGGAAGGCGAAUCGGGAAAGGGAGCUGGGCUAGUGGCGAUGUCCGUGAGCGGGGGCUGCCCGGCCAGGAGUGCGCAGCCCCAGCGGGCCCGGCGCGGCCUCAGCCUGCCACCUCCUCGCGUAGCGCGGGACAGGGGCCGGGACUGAGCCGCCCUGGGCCCAGCAGGGCGAGCAGCCGCGGAGCCCAGAGGAGACGGGCGCUGCCGCGGGGCCGGGGCCGCCCGAGGAUGGGAAUCCUCUUCACCAGGAUCUGGAGGCUGUUCAACCACCAGGAGCACAAAGUAAUCAUUGUUGGUCUGGAUAAUGCAGGAAAAACAACCAUCCUUUACCAGUUUUCUAUGAAUGAAGUGGUGCAUACCUCUCCUACGAUAGGCAGCAAUGUAGAAGAGAUAGUGGUUAAUAACACACGUUUUCUAAUGUGGGAUAUUGGAGGGCAAGAGUCUCUUCGAUCUUCAUGGAAUACUUAUUAUACAAACACAGAGUUUGUCAUCGUUGUUGUGGACAGCACAGACAGAGAGAGAAUUUCUGUAACUAAAGAAGAACUUUAUAAAAUGUUAGCACAUGAGGAUUUAAAGAAAGCAGGUUUGCUUAUUUUUGCUAACAAACAAGAUGUUAAAGAGUGCAUGACGAUAGCUGAAAUAUCCCAGUUUCUGAAACUAACUUCAGUUAAAGAUCACCAGUGGCAUAUCCAAGCAUGCUGUGCUCUAACUGGCGAGGGAUUGUGCCAAGGACUUGAAUGGAUGAUGUCAAGACUUAAAAUCAGAUGAUUUUUAAUGACCUCUUUGCACCGACAUUGCAUACAAAAGUGCUGUACCUAUGGAUACCUUAGUUACCUGUACCUAUGGUAACCUGCAAAAUGAAUGGGUUAGAUGUAUUUAUAAUAAACCGAUUUCAACUUUA